AGAGGCCGUGAAUCGCCGCCAUAUUGUAAAACAUUGUCGGCUGCGUUGCAGUGAAAUAAAACACCGAAUGUUCAAAUAAACGUAAAUAAUCGCACAGUAUUAUCGGUAGAAUUGCGUGUGACUUUAAUCAGCGAACCGGAGCCCUCCACCGUGCCAAUAAUCUAAAGCGAGGAUCUGAGAUUUUUGGAACGUUAAGCUGAGGGUUGGAAGCCGAAUUUUAAAGGACAAAUAUAUUUCCUGAAUAAAAUUCGACAAUGGAACAAAACAUUAUGAAACUCGUUGCACUCAAAAGUUUGUCUCACGUGUGGGAUAAAGUAAAAUACUUUUAGGCAGACAUGUGAAGUGUGUAGUAAGUUAACUUGCACACUUUGUCGCUUUCGAGGUCACAAAAAAUAUUCCUGUCCUGAUAUUGGAGGCAGUAUCACCAUACUACUACCGAAGCAGACCAUCACCCGCCAAAGAAUGCAAGUGAAGUAAAAAUCAUUGUUGGACGCAACAUUACAACAAAUGUAAUCGGAUGUUGCCUAUCAGUAAACCCAGAAAACCCGUAGAAGUUGUAAAUCUUAUCGAAUCUCCUUGUAAAUCGUCGCGAAAUUUGAGUAAUAACGCCCAGCUUGAAAGCAUCAGUCGCGAAAAGAUGUCCAACAUCCAAAAAAAAAAUGUUUCGACCUCGACAAGCUCAAAUUUUGAAGCAAGUCCAGGCUAUAUACUUUUCCAACUCAAGUAUAACGAACUAAAAAUAGGUAUGCGCGAAAAGUGGGGAAAGAGAAAGAAGGCAAGCAGGAUUUCAAUAAAAAGUGAAGCACAGAUAGUUCUGAGCGAUUUGAAGGGUGCAAAACUAGAAGGAAUAAUCUCAAGAAAAGUCAAGCCCUACAAUCUCAGCAAACUGUGUUUUAUCGUGGUUUGCGAUAUUUGCAUUAAGCUUUUGGGAGGUAAAAAAGUGGUUAUGUUUGUAAACUAUUAUAGCGUUUCUGCCAUAAAUGACUUCUUUCAGAAAAUGAUUUGCUUUUGGGCGCGGCUUUCGGACGAAGAUAAGCCAAACAUAAGAUUCAAUAUGCCAAGGUAUAAAGAGGUUCUAGUUAAAAAGUUGGAAAAAUCUUUUAAAAGGCUCGAUGCGCUACCGAAUGAUAUAGAACCUGUCUACAGAACAGCACAAUAUUUAGAGAGUAUGUUAAAAACUAAAACUGGUUUAACUAGAAAACAACAAAAAGAAUACAAGUUAACAAUCAAAACACUCACUCUAUUGCUCUACAAAAACAACUGCGCUGUCGAGCAGGAGGCUCUUCCAAAUCUUCGGGAAUUGUAUAAAUGUUUAGCGGGACAAGAUGGCAAGUAUCCUGCACGUGUCUCUUUCGAAUUAUAUCUUAAGGUAUAUUACUAUUUCACUUUGAUUUUUGGUCAGUCGAGACAUCCGUGUUUAGAGGAGAUGAUACAGAAGUACAUGGCUGCGAAAAACGACAUUCCAAACACCUCGAUUGAUAAUCCAGCAUCGAACGAGUAUCCGGAUGUGGUUUUUGAAGAGUGUAGUGAUGACGAUUCGGAUUGUUACACAGAUUUAGGCGCGAAUGCGGAAGCUGCUGAUGAAGAGUGUAGUGAUGAUGAUUUCUAUGAAGAUCAGCUUGAUCAAGAGCAUAAUAAUCAAGCGCAUGUUGAUCAGCAUGUUGAUCGGCAUGUUGAUCAGCAUGUUGAUCAGCAUGUUGAUAGCAAGUAUGUUGAUCAGAAACUUGUUCGCCAAGAACCAAUUCCACCAAGAAGAAGUUUACAUGAAAACAGAGGUAAUGGUGCAGAUAUCGAUGAACAACCUCAUCGUAAUCAAGAGUAUAUUAAGGAACAGUACGUUCAUCAAAAUGUUGAUCAAAAAUAUAUUGAUCGUGUACAUGUUCGCCAAGAACCAGUUCCGCCAAGAAGAAGCUUACAUCAAAACAGAUGUAUAAACGAUGAAGAUUUCGAUGUACAAAAGCAUCUCAAACAAGAGUACUUCGAUCGAAAUGUUGAUCAAAACUAUGUUGAUCGUGUACAUGUUCGCCAAGAACCAGUUCCACCAAUAAGAAGCUUACAUCAAAACAGAUGUAUAAAUGAUGAAGAUUUCGAUGCACAACAGCAUCUUAAGCAAGAGUACUUCGAUCGAAAUGUUGAUCAAAAAUAUAUUGAUCGUGCACAUGUUCGCCAAGAACCAAUUCCACCGAGAAGUUUAAAUCAAAACAGAUGUAAUGAUGCGUAUUUCGAUGAACAACAUAUUAAACAAAACUAUGUUGAUCAUCAACAUGUUCGCCAAGAACCAGUGCCACCAAGAAGAAGUUUACAUCAAAACAGAUGUAGUGUUGAAGAUUUUGAUGAACAACGUCAUCCUAAUCGGAAGUACCAUAAUCAAGAGUACAUCGAUCAACAUGUUGCUCAAAAAUAUAUUGAUCAUGUACAAAUUCGCGAAGAACCAGUUUUACCACGAAGAAUUUUACAUCAAAACAGAUGUAGUGAUGCAGAUUUCGAUGAACAACAUCAUCCUAAUCAAGAUUAUCAUCGUCAAGAGUACAUCGAUCAAAAUAUUGCUCAAAAAUAUAUUGAUCAUGUACAUGUUCGCCAAGAGCCAGUUCGACCAAGAAUUUUACAUCAAAAUAUACGUAUUGAUGAAGAUUUCGAUGAACAGCAUCAUCCUAAUCAAGAGUAUCAUCGUCAAGAGUACGUCGAUCAACAUAUUGCCGAAAAAUAUAUUGAUCAUGUACGUGUUCGUCAAGAACCAGUUCCAUUAAGAAGAAGUUUACAUCAAAGCAGACCUUCUCGUUCAAUUUCUCCAUUCCAAACAAACAGUCCUCGCAGAUUUUCUCAACAAUUUCAUCCCGAGCAAUCUGAUUACUCUUUACCAGGUUGCAGCAGGACUUCACAAAGUCGAUCCAAUCAGAUUGAGUUCCCUGUCAAGGAAUCCGCUGCGAUAUCUAGUUAUCAGCCAAGCGAAUUUCGUGAACGGAGUCCGCUUUUGAAUAGUAGAAGGGAAGAUUCCAGAAAAUCCAGGAGAAGUCCAAGGCACAAUUCUAAAACAUCCCAUCCUAGGGCUUCUGAAACAUCCCAUCCUAGGGCUCCUGAAACAUCCCAUCCUAGGGCUCCUGAAAAAUCCAAUCCUAGGGCUCCGGAAUCAUCCGAGAAGCUCACCAGCGAAGCAUCUUAUCUUGUGCGUAAAGCUCUUCAAUUUAACCUGCCGCAUCUAAAAAAAGCAGGGAUAAAAUUGGAGAAGUUAAUCAAACUAAAUAGGGUGCAGUGGGAAGAUAUUGAACAUUUAAAGCAUAUGAUUGAUUCGGAACGUCCUAGGGGUUUCAGGUAAUCCUUAGCCGAGUGAUGCGGUUUUUGUUUUGUACUUGGGGGAAAAAAAAUAUGUACUACGCAUGAAAGAACGUGAUAGUUAUUUUGUCGGUAUAGUGAAACUUUGUGAUUUAAAUGAACUGUAUGAUCAUUUUUUUUACAAGUCACUUUGUAUAUAUACACAGUGUGUCGACGAUAAUGUUGAAGAUGUUGAGAAAUAUACUUCGUUGACACGGAGCUGUAGAGUCUUCUCUUUAAAUUCGUUUCCGACAUAUAUACCAAUUUUUUGUCAUACUGAAUCGUUUAUCAAUCUCCGAAAUUCUUUUUUUUUUAUACCUUUUUUGAGAAGUAUUCUGUAAAUUCUUGAGAAUUGAGAAUUUAUGUAAAAGGAAUAGAAAACGAAAUACUUUCUGAAAUUGAUUCGUGAAAGUGCCAGUAAUUAUCAACGUUGAAGAACACGUUGUUAAUUCUGAUUUGCAUGAUUUAUGCUUAUGUUGUAAAUGAUUCAAUUUUAAUAAAUAAAAUAAUUUGUAAUCUGUAA